AUGGACUCCUGUAACAAUAAGAGGCAGAGGAUAUAUGAUCCAGUCUCCAAGGCUAAGUCAAGUGACGAUACAAUGUGUAAUGAGAACGCUGCUAGGGCUGAGAAUCAAUCUUCUGAUCAUUGCCCCAGUGAAUUUGACAACCCUGAGGAAAGAAAUACAGCACAUGAAGACUGUCAGCAAAUUUACAGGAAACAUACUUCUGAUAUUUCUACCCAGAGGUCCGCUGGCAAGUCUAUGAUUGCCUGCGCUUGUUCUGAUAUCUUUAAUUUUGAGACCUACAGGGAUGCCAAUCGGUUUGCAGUUGGUCAGAUCUGGGCCCUUUACGAUAAACUUGAUGUCAUGCCAAGAUUUUAUGCUCGAAUAAUGCAUUUUGAUGCUCACAACCACAAAAUACAUUUGACCUGGCUGGAGCAUGAGGCAACUAAUGAAGAAGAGGAGAAUUGGACUAAUAAAAAACUUCCCAUUGCUUGUGGAAGCUUCUGCUUACAGCCAACAGUAGAUACAUCACAAGACAGAUUCAUGUUUUCUCACAUUGUUGCAUGGACAAAGGGUAAGAAAGGAAACUCGUAUGACAUAUAUCCUAACAAGGGUGAGGUAUGGGCUCUUUACAAGGGAUGGAGCAAGCAAUGGAGCUCAGAUACAGAUAACCAUAGAUCCUGUGAGUAUGAGGUUGUGGAAGUCCUGUCUAACAUGUCAGCUGAUGACGGUGCCACAGUUAUCCCACUGGUCAAGAUUAAGGAUUUUGUCAGUUUAUUCGCAAGAGCUAAGGGCAUGUCCUCAUUUUUUAUACCAUCGAGUGAGCUACUUAGGUUUUCUCACAGCAUUUCCUUUUAUAGGACAAAUGGAAAUGAAAAAAAUGGUGUCCCAAGAGGCUUUCUAGAACUUGACACUGCAUGUCUCCCAGCUGACCUCGGUGCAGCAUUUUCUUCUGUCACUCUUGUGUCUUACAUGUUUCUCGGCAACAUGACAGGCUGUGUGUUUGCUGAUUUGACCACUGAGGGUGCAGAUAAUAAAAUGGAUUGUGGAGACGAGUUGAUUGCUCGAAAGGAUAAUUCCUUAGAACAAAAUGUUUGCCACUCAAUUUGUACAGAUGACAACGAUGAUAUUUCUUCUGAGCAAAAUCCAUCAGAGCAGAAAAAGGCCCAUGAUGCCAAUGAACUUGUUACAGAAGAUACAUCUACAAUGCCAAAUGCUGCAGGGUCAUGCGAUCUUCAGAUGUUAGGCAAGAGGAAGCAUGAUGAUUGUGCUGACAGUGGCCGCCGGAGGGACUCUUGUAUCAAUAAGAGGCAGGGUAAAGACACUGCUGAUAAAAUGUAUAAUGAUGAUGUUGCUGUCGCUAACACUCAAGCUGCCAAACAUGUUCCUGACACCAUGGACAGCCAAGGUGAAGGAAAUGCAACACAUGAAGAUUGUCAGCAAAAGUACAAGGAGGAAGCUACAGAUAUUGCUAAUCAGACGCAUGGCAAUCCUGGGAUUGCUUAUGAGUGCACUGGUAGCAUCCGCAGCAGGGACUCUCGUAACAAUGACAAGCAAAGGAAGGGCAAUUCACUUGCUGACACUAAUUCAACUGAUGAUAAUGUGUGUAGUGAUAAUGUUGCUGGUGGUAAGAAUCAAGCUGCUGAACCUGUUCACAGCACAUUAGACAGCCAUGAUGAGGGAAAUGUAACUCAAGAAGGCAGUCAGCAAAAGUACAAGAAGGAUGGAAUGGAUAUUGCCAAUCAUAAGCAUUGUAAUCCCGUGAUUACCGAUGAGUCUUCAGAUUUCUUUGAUUUCGGAACAUUAAGAGAAGUUAACAGGAUAGCAGUUAAUGAAAUCUGGGCAAUUUAUGAUGAUCAUGAUUCCAUGCCAAGAAAUUAUGCGCAGAUAAAUGAUGUCGAUGCUUCCAACAAUAUUGUUCAGUUGACUUGGCUGGAACACAACACAAUGAAUUUACAGGAGACUAGAUGGAAUCGUAAAGAAUUGCCUGUUGCAUGUGGAAACUUCUGCUUAGGAGAGACAUGUGUACUACAUGACCCAUCAAUGUACUUUUCUCAUAAAGUUUCAUGGGUAACAGGCAAAAAUAGGAAUUCAUUUGAAAUUCAUCCUAAAAAAGGUGAGAUAUGGGCUCUUUACAAAGAAUCAAGUUUGCUGCAGAGCAGAGACACUGAUAAUCAUCAAUCUGUUGACUAUGAUGUUGUGGAAGUUUCCGAUGACUCAAUGAGUGUCGGUAUUAUCGUUUUCCCCUUGGUCAGAAUUGAAGGCUUUGUGAGGCUAUUUGCGGAGUCCAAGGAUAAAUCCCAUAUUUUGAUACCAUCGAGUGAGCUACUUCGAUUUUCUCAUAGUAUACCUUGUUAUAGAACAAAUGGAAGUGAAAAGGUAGGGGUAGGAGGGUUACUGGAACUGGAUACCGCUGCUCUUCCUUGUGACUUGGCCACAAUGUUUCCUUCCGUCGCUCUGGAUUCUUUCAUCGAUCUCAACAAGGAAAAAGUCACUGAGUUUGUCGGUGUUACAUAUCCUGAUUCUGAAUUCUACAAUUUCGAUGAAGACCGCUCGUGUGAGAAAUUUGAGCGUGGGCAAAUUUGGGCUCUCUACAGCAGUACUGAUACAUUUCCCAACCUCUAUGGUUGGAUAAACAAAGUUGAGAAGGAACCAUUCAAUGUACAUUUGACCUGGCUCAAGGCUUGCUCUCAGGGGGUAGAUAAGCAUUGGUUGGAGCAGGACAUCCCUGUGAGCUGUGGUAAUUUUGUGACCCGGAAUUCAACAGCCGAGCAUUGUGAAACCUGUGCUUUCUCCCAUUUAGUGGUAAGCAGGUGCGAAAUUGGUACAAGGCAGCAGGUCAAUAUUUUUCCAAAGGUAGGUGAGGUCUGGGCCAUCUACAAGAACUGGGCACCAGACAGGGUUCCUUCCAGUAAAGAUCGUCCUGCCAACUAUGCCAUUGGCUGGAUCAAGAUGUGUACUGAAGCAACCACUCUGUUCACUUUCCUGACCAAAGUCAAUGGCCACCUGUCUGUGUUCAAGCAUGAUGUGCUGAAGCCACCACUGGAGAUACCAAGGGAAGAGAACCUGAGAUUUUCUCAUCGGAUACCAUCAUUCCGCCUGACAAAAGAUAAUGGUGGCAAGCUCUGUGGCUUCUAUGAGCUUGACCCUGCUGCUGUUCCUGACGUUCUUCUUUAG